GCUUUGAAUUACUGUACCAGCCAGAUGUGGUCCGACUGUACCUCUCCAUCCUCACCGAAAGUCAGAACUUCAACACUCUGGAAGCUGCAGCAGGGGCUUUGCAGAAUCUCAGUGCUGGCAACUGGACGUGGUCCACGUACAUCCGUGCAACAGUGCGGAAGGAGAGAGGCUUGCCAGUGCUUGUGGAGCUGCUCCAGUCCGACUCUGACAAGGUUGUGAGGGCUGUGUCUAUUGCCCUGAGAAACCUUUCCAUGGAUCGUCGCAAUAAAGAUCUUAUAGGUAGCUAUGCCAUGGGUGAGCUGGUAAGAAAUUUGCCCAGCAGGCAGCAGAGAUCUGCAAAGAACCUGGAAGAGGAUACAGUGGUUGCGGUAUUGAAUACCAUCCAUGAAAUCAUUACUGACAGCUCGGAAAAUGCAAGGUCUCUGAUCCAGACACAGGGCAUUCAGAAGCUGGUAGCUAUCAGCAAGUCAAGCCAGUCUCCCAGAGAAACAAAAGCAGCAUCUCACGUUCUUCAGAUGAUCUGGAGCUAUAAAGAACUACGAAAUGCCCUGCAGAAGGACGGGUGGAACAAAUCACACUUCCAGUCUGUUUCUGCAGCUCCGAAGGGUUCCAAAGGUACUGCUGGCAGGGCUGGCUAUGACGACAGCACUUUGCCUCUGGUGGAUAAAAGUCAAGAUAAUGAGAAGGCUGGGAGUCGUGACAUGAUACCUAUGGAUGAACUCGGCCCAGAUGGGUACUCCACCAUCGAUCACCGGGACAAGGAGCGCAAAUACAAGACCAGUGAUAACACGGGGGACGCCUCGGAGAAAGAACCUUUAAAAAAUGACACAAAUAGGAAAAACAUUAACAGGAGUAACAGGGCUUCGGUGAAUCUGGUGGAUGCCCGUGACAUUAAACCCCAGCCUGUUGACUCCUGGGUCUAAUUUGCAUGCAUGGGCUAGAGUCCAACCACAUUUUUUUUAAUUGAGGGGGAGAAACAACCAUUGAAUCGACACAGAGGAUCUCAUCAGUCACCACUGCCAUUCAGAUCUGGAGGGCGCUGCAUCACUGACCAGGCUGCAGAUUCCAGGAGGACGUGGGGAGAAGCCACCGCUGACUGCCAUUGCCAGCCCCGGAGCACCAUGCCUUACAGCCAGUUUGCUUUUGAACUCGGUUACAUUCCCACCAGGAACAGCCACCGCCUCCCUCUCCCUCCCGCUCCUGCAAGAAGCAAGCAAGCAAGCAGGAAAAGAGAAUCCAAGCUUCCAUCUGGCCGGCUGCGUUCUUCGGUGACUUAGGUGUGGUAGUGCCAAGGGUGAGAAGUGAAGGUCGUGCGGCGGCGAAGGCGGCAGCUUCACAAGUGGAAGAGAAACUGCAGAAUAUUUGAAAUAAUAUCGUAGGUGUAGCCGUGAAGAUAAUAGCACUUUUCCGGUUUGGGGCUCAUUGUUUUGUUUUUUUGUUUGGGGGGAUUUCUUUUGAACUGUGAAUCUAACAUUUCUAAAGGCUUUUUGAAAAAUGUUUAGGUUUUCCUUAUUAUUUCCACAGAAAGUGCAGGACUGUUGAGUGGGUUUAUUGGAUUUUGAUGAAGGGAGAAAACGCAGAACAAAAACUAUUAAACGCUGGUCAAAGGAACUGGAGAGUGGAUGACAAAAUUAAUGCAAGCUGUAUAAUCUGCUUUUAGAGUAAGCUAUAUCAAUCGCAGUGCUAUAUUAUCAUUAUAAUCUGGUGUACAAUACUUCUGCCUUUUGAAUUCUGUAACGGCUCUGUUUUUAUUUCCACGUAUUGAAAAGCAGUUUAUUGAAGGUUUCAGUGUCCCUGGUUCAGAAAUCUAUGCUGAGAAAUGGAGUUGGCUGGCUUUUUCUUUUCUUGUUCUCAGAGAUUGCAAUAAGGAGCUUUUACGUUUUAAAUGUACCAGUGUUGCAUUGAUGAUGAUUAACAAUUUCUUUUGCUAUAGCUGUUAACAGAUUGGAAGAAAAUAGGAGCUUUUUUGUAGGGUGUCUUAUUUUGAACGUGCUAUAAAUUUUAGAUGGGUCUGUCACUUAUAUUUGAUGGUAAAUUCAUCACUGUUGGAUCCAUGUUUGCUUUGGGCUAUAGACCCUGAUGAAAAAUGCCACAAAGGGAACUGGUUUGGCAUUUUUUAAAUCAUCAUCAUGAUUUCUGUGUUCCUUUGGUUUUGUUUUGAGAUUACGUAUUUCGUUUGGCGUGAAAAUCACCCUUGUGCAGCAGUUCUCCUCUCAGAGGCCAAGGCCUGCUUUGUGUAAGGGGGAAUUUUCACCUCACGAGAACCUACUCUGCAUAUAUGGUAUCUGGUAAUGCCGUGAACUAAAUGACUUCAGAUCACCGGUUUUCUCCAGGCAUUGGUCAAGGGAGGGCAGCAGACGAGAAUACGAAGCAAAUGUCUCACUAGUAGCGUCAGAGGACUUUUGCCGAUUUCAUUUGGUUGCCACUGUUCUUUGAUUGCCACAUUUAGUUUUAAACAAGCUCCUAAAAACAGCGUGACAGGAAAGCACAUUUUUGAAUCUAGCAACCAUCAUUUGCGGUUUUCAGUGCCUGCCAUUUCCUUUGUAAUUAAAAAGGGGAAAUAUCCGACAACCUCACCUCCCCCAAAAUAUUACUGUAAUAGUAAACAUCUAAAAUCUUUUGU